AUGAGUAAAAGCCUUCUUCGUUCCACACAGCGUGCGCUCGGAAACAACAGUCAGCCCGUCUUGCGUGCGCUUCAACAACAGCAAAUAGGUGCUUUCGGACUUUAUGGAAAAUCAACAUUGGCUCAAGCUGUUAGCAAGAAUGUAAAUUUGGGAAGCAUUGGAUCCAAUACAACAUCAUUUAAUUUCCAUCAUUAUCAUACGAGUCAGAGAGUGAUGAGAGAACGAGAGGAAGCGUCCUCUCCUACAGUAGUUUUCACUCCAGAAGUGGGUUAUGAAUUAAAGAAUUCCUUUCCAGAAGGCAAUCCUGUAUUGGAAACAGCACAGAAUGUUGAUAAGGAAAAAUUGAAACAAUUAUUGAAAAGUGCAAAUCCAAAAGCACUCCGAAAUAAUUUGAAAAUUCCAGAAGAACCCGAUGCCACGAGAACAAUAUCAUCAAAACCCAAAUUACCAAAUCUUACUCAACCUCUCUUUGAUAGUAGUAACAUUCAAUACAUUGUUCCCGGAAUUCAUUUCAAUGCAAAAGAUUUACAAGUUACAAAGUUAGAGAAUGGCUUAACUGUUUCUACUUUUUCGAAACACUCAAAUUUGGUGUGUAUUUGCGUUGCAUUUCGUGCUGGACCGCGAUAUGAAAAGCCUCAUGAAGCCGGAAUUUCCACAAUUAUCAACAGAUUAACAUUUGCUCAUUCUCGAAAGUUUACCGAAGAUUUUGUGAAGGAAUAUCUCGAAGACAAAGUGCUUUAUGAGUCAACAUCAGAGUAUGAAAGUCAUUCCUUCUUCAUUACUUGUCCAAAAGACAAGGUUGACAUUGCUUUUGAAUUUCUCUCCGACACCAUGUUACAUCCAAAGUUUUACCAAACCGAGAUUGACGCUGCAAUUCAAUUACUCAAAUUUAAUUUAGAAACAGAAAUGUCCAUUCCUUCAAGUUCAACAGUGAUGACGGAUUCCAUUCUAAAAUCAUGUUUUGGUGCCACACCUGAGGGUGGAUUGGGAAAUCCUUCCCUUGCCAUCAAAGAAGAUGCUACUCCUGAAAUUCUCCAUGCAUUUUAUGAUCGAUUCCAUGUUCCAAGUCGAUGCACAGUUUCAGCUAUUGGUAUUGAACAAGACAAAAUGUUAGAACUAGUGAACAAAUAUAUGGACUUUUCACCUCAGGCUCUACAAAACAAUUCUAUGCAGGAGCCAUACGUUAAACCCGUAUGGAAACCUGGUGAACUAUAUAUUGAAUUUUUGGAGAGACCUCAGUCAGCCUUUUUACAAAAUAUUCCACCAAGUACAUCCUUUGUUGCUUCCUUUGAAGGAGUUGGAUAUAAGAAUGUUGACGAUCUUUUCGCUGUAAACAUCUUGGAAACAAUCUUGGGAGGAGGAGAUUCCUUCUCGAGCGGUGGUCCAGGAAAGGGUAUUUAUUCUGUCAUUAACAAGCACUAUCUUCCAGCAUUCCAAUUCAGCAACAUGAUUGCCCAACAUUAUGCAUAUUCUGAUACUGGUAUUUUCUCUUUCCAUGCUAGCUUGAAUCACGAAGAAAUGAAUCCAGGCCAACUUCCUAUUGCAAUUCUUACACUCCUCUCCAAGAUGCCAGAAUAUAUCACAAAUGAAAUCUUGGAUCAAGCCAAACAACAAUACAAGUCUCAAGUAUUGCACAGCUUAGAGGACAAUAGUGCACUGGUGUUGAAUGCAGUCAAUGAUCUUAUGUGGAACAACAAGUAUUUCGGCGUAGAUUUUCUUGUGAACAAGAUUGACUCGGUCACAAAGCAGGAUAUUUUAGACUUGAUUGAUCGAUUGUUUUACAGAGGAAAGCAACCUGGACUUGUGGCCAUUGGUGAUGUCUCACAGUUAAUGCAACCCCCAGAAUUCCGCAAAUUCUAUUCUGAAAUUUGUAGUGCCAAACAUCCAUCUGUUUUAUCGAAAUUGUUUGGAACAAGACACAGAAAGUAA